AUGCAAAUUCAUUUCAAGAAUAGGGUCAUUUCAUUUUCAAGAAGUAACCAUUGUUUUGCUAGACAAGUUCAAAACUUGCCUCAAUCCCUACAAAUGGUGACUGAAUCGGGUCAUACAAAAAGACCCAUGUACCCAACAUGCUCCAAACCAACCCGUUUCUGUCUCUGCACCAGACUGAAAACCCCAUGUCUUGAAAACUCCAUAGCUGUCACAAUCCUUCAGCACAGCUUAGAGAAAAAUCACCCUUUAAAUUCCACAAGAAUUGCUUCUAUUGGCCUGAAAAUCCUGAGUGUAAUCUCAGUUUUUGAUGUUAAUUAUGAAGCUGAAUUUGUCAUUCAGUUUCUCAACUCAAAUCUUGAAAUGGGUUCUCAAGAUUUGGAUGAAAAUCUAAGUUGUGCGAACUCUUCACUUUCUAUGCCGUAUACAGAAUGUGAAACGCACCCAUUGACAUUUUUCAAGAGUCCGAGCAACGUAGGUGAAAAUAGUAGUAUAAACAUUAAAGACUCCAACUUUGAUAGUAAUGCAGCUGUUUCUUUUACUAUAGAGAAGUAUGGCGCAAUUUGUUCCUUUCAGAAUCAAGAUUUGGAUAAGCCGUGGAAGCAGCCUCUAGCAGAAAUGCAGGAUAAACCCUUGUGCUCCGUUCCUUUUUUGGACCCCACGCAUAGUGGAGGCUUUUGCGCACCGGAUUGCGCUUUAUUAGCCUCUGAGAAUCAAGAUUUGAAUAAGCGUGGAAACUCCGGCCUUUCUCCAGACCAGGCGCGUAGUGUGAGCUUUAGUGCAACGGGAUGCCCUUUAUUAGCGUCUAUUGAUGAUACUCGAAAAGCUUUUUUAGUAAAAAAGAUACAAAGGAAGUUAUUGGAUGGGAGCAGUGAAUUUCAAGAAGUGAAGGAGUUUGAAGUUUCAGUUCCUCCAGGUUAA